AGAAGUCAAUGUGGAUCCACCCGGGUGCACCAGUCGACGUGGCAGAGAGUAUCGGACUCGCACUCCCCAGCUCGACCCGUCCGACAGAGAGCGAGGGGGAGCGCGUAUUUAGCACUCGCCACCGUACGCUGCCGCGAGUUGCCAAGCUCCCGACACCGAAAAUGGCUCUCGCCACCUGCUUCCUCGCCCCUUCCUUCUCUCUACACGUUCCCUCCGUUACCCUUCUCUGCCUCCCCGGAGCCUCCGCGUCGGCCCCGCCGCCUCUCUCGUCCCACCUCCGGCUCUCUCUGUCCCCAACCGCCACCUCUGUUUUCUCCUCAGCUGCUCCUUUGAUUCUGUGCAGCACUCGCAACCUCCAAUCGCUGGUCGUGCCAUACGCUACCGCAGGCGGCGGCGGGAACGGCAACCGCGGCUCCUCCGGUGGCGGAGGCGGCGGAGAUCAUGACGGCGGCGCCGAUAAUAACAGGAAGGAGGCGCUCAUGGUGCUCGCGGAGGCCGAUCGGCCUCUGGAGAGCCUGCCGAAGGACCUGGCGGCCGCGAUCCAGGCCGGGAGGAUCCCCGGAUCGGUGGUUUCGAGGUUCUUCGAGCUGGAGAAGUCCCCGAUGCUCCGGUGGCUGAUGCAGUUCGGCGGAUUCAAAGAGAGGCUGCUCGCUGAUGAUCUGUUCUUAGCAAAGGUCGCCAUGGAAUGUGGCGUUGGGAUCUUCACGAAGACUGCUGCAGAGUAUGAGCGCCGCCGAGAGAAUUUCUUCAAGGAGCUGGAGAUCGUGUUCGCAGAUGUGGUAAUGGCGGUAAUUGCAGAUUUCAUGCUUGUUUAUCUCCUUCUACCGUCUCCCUACCAUUCCUCCGAGUCACUUACUUUAUUUCUCUUUUGCUGAUUGCUCUAGAAUGCUGGAUCCAUUGCAAAGUUCUUCCAUAACUGCCCUGACAAUGCAUUUCAGAUUGCUCUCCGUGGAACCUCGUAUUCACUUGCACAGAGGCUGGGUGCUAUAGCGCGUAAUGGAGCAAAGCUUUUUGCUGUUGGGACCACCUCAUCAUUGGUUGGGACGGCAGUGACAAAUGCCUUAAUUAAUGCAAGGAAGGUUGUCGAUAAAUCUUCAGCAGGUGAAGUGGAAAAUGUUCCCAUACUAUCCACCAGUGCAGCCUAUGGUGUGUACAUGGCUGUUUCCAGUAACCUCAGGUACCAAGUGGUAGCUGGUGUAAUCGAGCAGCGAGUUCUGGAGCCAUUGCUGCACCAGCACAAGCUUAUGCUGAGUGCUCUUUGUUUUGCCGUUCGGACUGGAAAUACAUUCCUUGGCUCUCUUCUAUGGGUUGAUUAUGCUCGCUGGAUCGGAGUCCAAUAGAGACCCAAAAGUGACCGGCUGCAGUUAGGAAAGUCAAAAUCAGUUUCACCCUGGAAGACACAGCAGGUAUUUAUACAUUGAAUGAAUAGACACAGUUUGUGUUCCCUCAGGUAGUCCGGGAUCACUAUAGGCUUUGAUUCGUCGACUUGAAUGGAACUGUUCAACUGGAAUUUGUGUUGUCUUUGUCUUCAUUGUCUGACUUUUAAGAGGAUUUUGGAGCACUAUUGGGAGAAAUUUCAUUUCAGAUUAGAAACUACCGCUCCCUUGCAAUUUGAUUUAGAUAGAUUUUGGAAGCCUCUACUCUUAAUUGAUUGUAUUGCUAUGAUUACUUUUGCCCAGCAAAAAAGAAAAAAAAUAAAAAAGAGACAUAAAAGAGCAAA